AUGUCUACUACAGUAGUCAAUCAUCGACAAGUCGCUCAUCGACCUUUCCGCAAUGUCAUUCAAAGCUAUUCAGGUCAAAUUGGAAGCGGUGGAUCAACAUUAAGUAAAGCCUCUGCGCACAAUCUCACCAGUGGAAGCAGCAGCAGCAAUACAAGCACAUUUGAUCGUUCUUCUAACAGUGGAAUGUUGCAAACCCCUGGCCUCGCAAAUCCAGGAAUUAUGCAUCGGGAAGAAGCCCUUCUUGCUAUCUACGUCCAACCAAAUGAAGUCGGCGGAGUUGGGCACUACAAACCCUUCCUUCUACCACCUAGAAAUCCAGGAGAUAGUUCCCAGAAUGCCCUGGAAAAAGGACUUGGAUAUGGCGCUUUUGGAGUUGUGUGGUCAGUUAUAGACCCACGAGAUGGACGCAAAGUGGCCUUGAAACGAAUUCCUCGAGUCUUCCAUAAUCCAAUUACCGCAAAGCGCGUCUACAGGGAAGUUAAGAUGCUUUCCAUGCUCCAUCACGAUAAUAUUGUCACCUUGGUUGACGUAGUAAAGUCAGAUAACUACUCAAAUUUCGAUGAGGUAUAUCUCAUCUUUGAGUUGAUGCAGACUGAUCUUCACAAGAUCAUUGUUUCACCCCAACCUCUUUCAACGGACCAUGUUAAAAUUUUCCUCUAUCAAAUCCUACGUGGUCUUAGGUAUCUCCAUUCUGCUGGAAUUGUUCAUCGUGAUAUCAAGCCCGGAAAUAUGUUGGUCAAUUCCAACUGCCUUCUUAAAAUCUGUGAUUUCGGUUUGGCUCGUAUGGAUGAUCCAAAGAAUCAAGCGCAACUUACUACCGAAGUUGUUACACAGUAUUACCGAUCACCAGAACUUUUAAUGGAGACCUCGCGGUAUUCAUAUGCUGUUGAUAUGUGGAGUGUUGGAUGUACCUUUGCCGAGCUUCUAAGUCGUAGAAUUCUAUUCCCGGCCCAAGGUCCACUAGAACAGUUAGAGUUGAUAGUGAACUUGACAGGAACUCCAAAUAUGGAAGAUUUAGAGAACUGUCAUCCCGAAGCAUGCUGUUUUGUCCUUUCCUUCAGACCACGACGCCCUAACCUCGCUUUCUUCUACUCACUUUCUCCUGAUGUAUCUAGUGCAGCUGUGGACUUAAUCUCCAAUAUGCUUUGCUUCAAGCCCAAAUCUCGAAUAACAGCUGAAGAGGCAUUGAAUCAUUCAUAUCUGGAGGAGGCUCGAUUACGAUAUCAUUCUUGCAUGUGCACUUGCUGUCAUGACGUUCCGAUGACCCAGUCAGGAGGUUUAAGUAGUCCGGGAGGAGUUAGUGAUAAUGGCUCCUUGUCAUCCGCACCUGCAACACCAACAAGUUCGAUUUCAUCAACUUCCACCGCCUCAUCUCCUGCUGAUACACCCGGCAAGGGUAUUCAGCCACAACGACCUGGAACCGGUGUUCUUACUCGCCGGAAGUUCUGCCGUGAUCUUGACCCCGCCGCUAACUUCUUGCUUCCACUUGAUCUCGAUUCUCACUUCAAACGGCUCUCCGAUGCUAAACGUAUACUUUGGGACACGCUUCAGGAGUACCAUCAUCGAGAUCCCCGAAGUGCCAAGCUAAUACUCAACAAAAACGCGGCCAACUAUCGAGCACUUGUUACGUAA